ACGUCGACGAUCUGCCCGAGGGGAUGUCCGUGCCCGCGUCCGUGCCACCGCCGGGGUUGGAUUCAACCGCGAAUGCCGCGACCGGGUCUGACCCGCUUAAAAAGGGGUUCGACCCGCUUAAAAAGGGGUUCGACCCGCUCGCGUCCGUUCCGACGCCGACGACCGCGGCGCCGUCGACGGAGGAGGCGACGGCCGCGGUGCGCGCGCACGCGGACACGGUCGAGGCCGACGUUGACGCGUCGCGCCCGCCCCAUUCGUCAGCCGCCGGCGUCGACGCGCGCGUGCGUUUCGACGCGAGGUCAGGCGCAAACCCGCCGGGCGUGUCGACGGAUCGAUCGCGGCUUCAGGCCAUCUUCGAGAGGGAGAUGGACGAGACGUCGGAGGCUCUCCUCGGGGGGUCAGUCACCGCGGGUAGCGGCGGGGCGGCGGACGAUGUGAACGACGCGCGCGCGACGGCACCUCCCCUCGACGGGGACGGGGACGGACCGGACGCUCCCCGGACGCUCCGAGAAACCCGCGAUAGGCUUCCGUUUUCACCCGCUCUCAACGACGAGCUGAUGGACGCGCUGACCUCGGUGGUGGACUCGUCGCGCGCGGGAGGGGUCGACGCGCGAGAGAUGAUGGCGGCGGCGUCCGCGCGGUGGGAGGCUCGACGGGGCGCGGGCGGGAGGACGCGGCGAGAUCCGAUGAACACCCGGGCGGGCCGUUUGCCGACGACGGCGUCCGAAGAGGAGGAUGGGGAACCCGAAGCCACCGCGACGGUACCCUCGUAACAUCUAGCUAGCUGCUACUCCAUAGACGUCUAUUCGCUACG